AUGCUUCGGAGCCACGCGGUACACGGUCGGGUCAUUGUUCACGCUGAUCUCGACUGCUUCUACUGCCAAGUGGAGCACGUGCGCCUGGGCAUCCCGACGUCGGUCCCGCUGGCCGUGCAGCAAUGGGACGGGCUGAUCGCCGUCAACUACGAGGCCAGGAAGUCCGGCGUAAAGCGCGGCGACAGGACCACCGCCGCCAAGCAGAAGUGCCCGCAAAUCACUCUCGUUCAUGUCGAGACCAUCGGGGCAGACGACGAGCUGGACGAUGCGGGGACAAGGCACGACAAGGGAGCCUGCAAGGUGUCUCUGGAAAGGUACCGCACGGCAAGCUUUGCGAUCAUGGCCAUCUUCCAGGCGCACUGCCGGCGAGUCGAGAGGGCGUCCAUUGACGAGGCUUACCUCGACCUAACGGAGGAGGCGGCGAAACUUUGUCAAGAGGUGGAGGCAGGGAAUGCUCGGGACGUUGCAGACUCGCCAGAGACAGACUUACAGGGCACGGCCGGCCACCGUGUCGACCCGACGAACGCCUUUGAUCGAGCACUCCUGGCGGGAGCCCGCUUGACGGCGGCCAUGCGUCUGGCUGUGGAGCAGGAGCUGGGGUUCACGGUCUCCGCCGGAAUCGCGUCCAACAAGGUUCUUGCCAAGUUGGCAUCGAGCAUUAACAAGCCGAACAAGCAGACGGUGGUACCAGCCGGGGCCUCGUCGGACAUGCUCGACACGGUGCCCCUUCGAAGCGUUCGCGGUCUAGGGGGGAAGCUCGGCGAGACUGUAGUGUCUUGGAGCAAGGCCGAGAAAGCCUCGGAUCUCAAGAGGUUUAGCCAACAGGAUCUCGUAGGAAACUUUGGGACCAAGACGGGAGAGUGGCUGUGGAGGGCCUGUCGCGGAAUGGACGACGAACCCGUUGCCCCGAACCUCAAACCUAAGAGCCUCAGCGUGUGCAAGUCAUUUACUCCUGUGCGCGAUGAGGAAUCCGUCUUGAACUGGAUGAGACUGCUGUGUACAGAGCUGUCCCAGCGCAUCGCCGUGGACAGGGAAGCGUGGAGCCGGAGAGCGACCAAGCUCACCCUUCAGAUGAUUUCCCUCAAACCGGGAAGCAGGGCAAACCAGCGAGACGCUGGAGGAGGAAACGGAAAAAGCAACACGUCGACAACGCGUUCCCGGACGGUCGAUAUUCCCGGUGGGGGCGAGUCCCCAACGACGGCAUCCCUUGUGUCGGAGGCAAUGGCCGUCUUCGCGAAGACCGAUAACGCCCUACCUUGCAGCCGCCUUGCCCUCACGGCGCACGAAUUCUGCGGCUUGAUUUCCGGGCGGGGCUCGAUCGCCUCCUUUCUGCGCGCGCUGCCGCCGCCGCCGCCGCCGCCGCAACAGCCGAUGCCUCCACCAACGUCGCCGCUCGAGAAAUGGGGCUCGAAAGGCGUGAAACCCGAUGCCAAGCAGGCCCUUGCAGUAGAUCCAAGCGGACAGGCAGGCGGCGGCAGAUCGUUGCCUGAAGGAGACGAUGAAGACGUGCCUGGUACAGAGACGGCUGAGGCGUCUAUAGGUCCACGAGACGUUCCAAGAGUUGGCAGCAAGGAUGACAGCCGCGUCGAUCGAAGUAGAAACUUCCAGCCAUCAUCGCACCUGGCGGGAGCUGCUUGUGAUGAAAGAACGGCACCGUCGCCGCUUCGACCAGGGUAUGAAAGGUGCCCCAAAUGCGGAAAGGUGCUCGCGCCGGAGGAUCUUCAAGAACACCUCGAUUUUCACUACGCCGAGGGGCUGCAGGAGAGAUACACUCGCGAAGGGGACGUUGCGCGAGACAUGGCGGCGAGGAUGUCAGACCGGGAGGGGCUACCAAAGCGGAAAAUACAAGAGGCUGGAGGGGGGAAACGGGCAAAAAGCCAGACGAAACGACCAGCGGCAGGACUGAGGAUAGAUUCUUUCUUUAAACCGACCUAA